AUGACCACUAAGUUUGCCAAGCUUGAGAAGUUUGAAGGUGUCGAUAUCAGGCAUUGGAUGAAAAAGAUGCACUUCAUGCUAAUCACUCUGAAAGCAGCAUACAUGCUAACUACUCCAAGACCGGUAGAUCCUGCAGAAGGUGUGGUUGAGACGGCUGAAGAGACAAGAAAGAGACAGAAGUGGGACAAUGAUGACUACAUCUGCAAAGUGAAGCCUUGUGUGCCAAGGAGUUGUGGGACGGACACUCUUCAACUGAAAUACAUUACCGAGGAUGCUUCUAGCAAGAAGUUUCUAGUCAGUGACUUUGAUAAUUAUAAGAUGGAAGAUUCAAGGUCUGUCACUGAACAAUACAAUGAACUCCUUGGCAUAUACGGUCAGUUUAAACUGCACCGUAUGAAUAUGGAUGAAUCCGUUGUUGUGUCCACUAUCAUUGACAAACUGCCUCCGUCCUGGAAAGACUUCAAACAUAACUUGAAACAUCAAAAGGAGGAACUGUCAUUGGUUCAACUUGCUAGUCACAUUCGUAUUGAAGAAUCUAUUUGUGCGAAGGAAAGUGACAAAUCUGAAAAACCCAAAGGAAAAGUUGAACCUGGACAGCCCUCGGUUCAUAUGGUUGAAAACAAACCAAGGAACCAGAACCACAAAGGACAUGGCAAACGUAAGUAG